AUGAAAAAGAAAAAAAUGAAGGUUAAAGGAAUUAAUAUGAGAAAUAAAAUAUUUCAGGGACCAAUAUGCAAUUAUGCAUCUCCUUUUCCGUUUCGAUCGGUUUGUCGUGCGCUCGCUUGCCACUAUCUCCCUAUCUGUCUCUCGACUCAAUAGCUGCUACGGUGGACCAAUCGUUUGUCGAUCCAUGGCCGGAAUCGCAACCACUCCGCUACGGUUCCUGGCCGUUACCCCGCGUAUCUCGGCGACACUCUCACGCCGGCGUAUCGCAACGACUCCGCGCUUCUUCUCCCUUCCUUCCGCUACUACGACACCCCCUCCGCUCAAGAUGUCGACCCGGAGGCUCCCGUUGGGCUGCUCCGCCGCGAGACCCGACACGGCGACGGAGGAGAAGCCCGUCUCCGAUGAAAGGAUGCUGGUCUUUGUUCCGCCGCACCCGUUGAUCAAGCACUGGAUCUCUGUCCUCAGGAACGAGCAGACGCCUUGCGCCAUCUUCAAGAGCGCCAUGGCAGAACUUGGGAGAUUGCUCAUAUAUGAAGCAUCCAGAGACUGGUUGCCUACUAUCAGCGGGGAGAUACAGUCACCAAUGGGUGUUGCUACUGUUGAGUUUAUCGAUCCACGUGAACCUGUGAUGAUUGUACCUAUCUUGAGAGCUGGUCUUGCUCUAGCAGAGCAUGCCCCCUCAGUUUUGCCAGCAUCAGUAACGUACCACCUUGGCAUGCACAGGGAUGAGACCACUCUAGAACCAUCAGUAUAUCUCAACAACUUACCGGAUAAGUUCCCUGAGGGGUCACGAAUACUUAUAGUGGAUCCUAUGCUCGCAACAGGUGGUACAAUAGUUGCAGCCAUCGACUUGUUGAAAGAUCGUGGAGUUGACAACAAGCAAAUAAAAAUCAUAUCUGCUGUUGUUGCACCUCCAGCACUGCAGAAACUUAGCAAGAAAUUUCCAGGGCUUCAUGUAUAUGCUGGAAUGAUAGAUUCAGUUGUAAAUGAGAAAGGGUUCAUUAUCCCUGGAUUGGGAGAUGCCGGUGACCGCAGCUUUGGUACCUGAAAGUUUGCACGCCACGAUUCCUCUAUCCUUUUAGGAAAUGGCAAUGGUUCCCGAUGAGAUUUUUGAGGAUUUCGGGAUUGGGAGAUGCCAGUGACUGCAGCUCUGGUACCUGAAACUUUGCAUGGCACGAUUCCGCUAUCCUAUUGGUAAACGUCUGAUAUUUACAUCAUUUUCAGGAUUUCUGAAUAUUUUAGAUCUUCUGUUUUCGCCAAUACUUUACAUGUUACCUCCGAGGGCAGAAUGCUUAAGGUUUAGAUCAGUUUUGUUUCCGGGAAUGCAUAGAAGUAAAAUAGUUUGAGAAAUUUUGGCAAUUGAAAUUUUAGUGGUUCUUUCAGCAUAUUUAUAAUCAUAAAAUACUGGUCCCUUUGAAUUGUAAUGUAGGAAUACUUGUGAGUGGUAACUUUGUACAGGAAAGCUGUCACAUGUUGGGCCUUUUGAAUUGUGAUGUAGGAAGGAAUACAUGAAGGCGGUACAUUUUUCUGGACAUAAUAAAGAACAGAUAAUGAA